AUGCUACUUUUUAAAUCAAUACGAGCGCGCGCGCGUGCCAGUGUGCUUACGUGGGCGCGCGCGCGUGCCAGUGUGCUUACGUGGGCGCGCGAGCGUGCUGCUGCUUGCGUGCGAACGCUGCGCCCGUCAUUGACUCCGAUGUUGGUGAGUGAACUGCGUGUGGAGGGAGUGCAGCAGAAUGGGGUAACGCUGGCUUGGAAUGCGCCGGUUUUGGAAGGGAAUGGCCAUAGUAAUGGUCAUUUUAGACAGCCGGUUUAUGAGAUAGAAUCGCGUCACAACGGCUCAGUGGCAGUCUCUGAAACGGCAAACAACUACUUCACAUUCGAUGAUUUGAAUCCAGUUUUUCCGUAUUCCUUCAAGGUGCGGGCGCUAACAGACUUGGGUUGGGGAAUGUGGAGCGAGCCGUUGUGGUAUCAGCCGGGUCGAGGGCAGUUCUCUCCGAUGCAUACGGUCACCGGAGGGGAUUACAUCACGCACGAAGGCGGCUUUAUGUUAGCUUUUAUUAUAAUGUUUUAUUUUUAUCGAUCACAAUUGGGCACUGGGAGGUCCUCCAGUCUGGGUAUGGAUACUGGUAUUGUGCGUAGUGCUGGUAAUGGUUGUAUUCAGUUUGCUGGUUUGUUCGAGGAAAUCAAAAGGGAAUCGGAAGCAAUUCAGCGAUUGCGACGGUCUGGAACCGUAUAA